AUGUUACCUACAGACGUUGUCUGGGUUAGCACGGAAACAUUUGGUUGGUGGCCUGCUAAGAUAAUAAGUCAAAAUGGAGCCGAGACUCCUUUACGUGUCGAGCUUUUUGGAGAUAUCUCGACGAAAACAAAGGAACUUGACAAUAUGUCAGAUAUUCUUCCGUUUCGCUGUGACAAAUCCUCCGAGUUUCUGGAGAACGGAAAAAACUCAAAUAUGAAAGAAAUAUUUAAGAACGCGAUCUCAGAAGCUGAGGAAAAGGAAGCUGAAGAAAAUGAUGGCUUACCCAGUGAAGAUUGGGCUUUUCAUAAAGUUGUUGAUUCUGUUGGUUCACCGAAACGGAAAAAGGUUACUACUCAGAAAAGACCUGCAAAAGGAAGAAGGAAAAGUUUUGCUUCUGCAAAUUGUCACAUUACUCAUAAGACAUCAUCAAAUAAACAAUCCACAAUUCGGAACCCAGGCAAUACUGAUACAAAUUUCCAAGAAGAUGAGAGCCUUAUGAUCCCUGGUGAACCAGUGCUCGCAUGUGCACUAAAAAAAUAUUAUCCAGCAAAAAUUACAAGUUAUACCGAACCAGACAAAUAUAAAAUAAAAUUUUGUGAUGGGACGACGACAACAGUUACUCGAAAGAAGUUCUUUACGAGAUAUGAAGAUGAAUUUCAAACGUGUCAAUUGGGAGAUAUCGAGUUGGAAAAAGAGGACCCAAGUUACUAUGAUCAAGAACUUACUGAUCAAGUCCAUAACCUUGAAGAUAUACUUUAUCGAGUUUUGACAGGUAACGAAGAAUCCGCAUGGAGAUACCGGGAUUUUAUUGAAGGAGGUAAAAAACGAAAUCAACUUGCAAAAAAAGUAUCACCAGGACCUUUUAGUUUAAGCGAAUUUGGCAUGAUUGCUAAAGUUUUGAGAAGCAUGUUUAUACCUGAGGUCGCUGAAUCUAUUGAUCGACAAGAAAAGAUAGUUUCACCGAAAAAGAGAAAGAGGGUUGAUAAAGGAUUCGAAGAUAACUUAAACGGAUUGCCAACACCAUCAAAAAAAAUACCAGAGAAUUCCAUUUUUUACAACUAUUCAAAAGACUUAAGACUUCGGUUCAUAGGUGACGUUUUACUUCCAGAAGUUAUUAUCAGGCUUAUAAUGAAUGAUGAAGGAAUUGAUUAUGAUGCAGCAGAUGACCGAAUGUUAACAGGAUACGAUGAUUCGAAAUGGGUAGAAAAUCUUAUGGCAGCAAGAGUCAGCUUUCAAGUUGGUAAGGAAAGUUUACUCACGAAAUAG